CGCGCUUCGGACCGGCGCAGACCUGCGCACUGUGGUUUGGCUAUCUGGACAAACAGGGUCUGCAAGGGGUUAUCAGAAUGCAUACUUUUGGUAGAAAUGUGUUAUUAUGAUCGGUUAUCAAAGAUCAGAGGUUAAAUAGAACCCAGUCAAGCUUCUAAAAUCGCUACUUUAAUUAUUGUUCAUUUUUAGACGUACUUCCGGGUAGCCAUGGCUGUAGCAUUGGAGGAUCUGAAAUUCACUUUACAAGAGGUUCUUGACACUUUUAAGUCAUGCCUCUCUGAACACAAAGAAGUAUUCCUUGAGCAUUACGUAGGAGGGUGGCGUGGUCUCGUAAGAUUCAUGAACUGCCUGGGGAGUGUGUUUUCCUUCAUCUCCAAGGAUGCUGUCAACAAGAUCCAAAUCCUGGUCAACCAUCUGAAUGGUGAGAAUGGGGCCCACUACGUCACCAUCCAGUCUAUGGUCAAGUAUGAACUGGACAACCAACUGGUGGACCUGACCAAGAGAGGCAGUUUCCCAGAGUCCGGCUGCCGCACCCUCCUGAGGCUGCACCGUGCCCUACGCUGGCUGGAGCUAUUCCUGGAGAGGCUACAAACCAGCACUGAGGACAGCAAUACCUCGGUCAUGUGCUCUGAGGCCUAUAAUGAGUCCCUCGCCCAGCACCAUGCAUGGAUCAUCCGCAAGGCUGCCGGCACAGCGUUCUGGGCUCUCCCAGGUCGUGCUACGUUCUUUGAUGUGAUGAAUGUAGGUAGCCCAGAGCAGGUGAUGGCUGUGCUAGGGGACACCCUGCCUCUCAUCUCUGAGGUAUACCAAGUGACAGAGGACCUCUAUGCCCAGAACAACAUACUGGAGUUGCCCUAGUAGGCAGAAAGUACUGUAGUAGUAGCCUGGUGGUCCUUGAUCUGUUUGUGUCUUAACAACUCCAAUGGAAUUGUUCAUAGGAGUUGGUAAGACUGCAUGAACCGAUCUGUGACCACCAAGCUACUGUAGCUCUAGUGGUCCAACCAGCACAUCAAUGCUGGCAAGCCAUGCUGCUCUGGAUCUUUUCUUGGUGACCAUUUAUGGUGUAUAAGGAGGGGAUUAUUAUUGUAUAUAAUAUGCACAUUAUACAUUAUGAUAUAGGGCAACAUUACCCAUAGGUUUCUUUCUAAAUGUAAUUCUAUGGCUUCCAGUGCUGUUUUUGUUCAACACACAUUUCUGGCAUUACAUCUUCUCCUUAAUGUACUUUAAGUAAGCAUCAUAGUUUAUUUAACUCUCAAAGUAGGUUGUGUAUCAUUACAAAUGCACUAGCAGAUUUAAAGGUUGUGUGCCUGUCUUGUUAAAUCUCAAGAUAGACAUUUUAUUUUUUGAAAUAUAAACCAGUUAUUUUACAGUUUUAAAUGUUUUCUGUUGACUAUGAAUUAAGUUAAACAUUAUACACUGUGACAUGAUAGGCCUAAGCUAUGUUGUUUUUGUUCUAUUUCUGCAAUGAUUUAUGCAUCUCUAUCAUUUUGUCGUGAUGUUAUAUAACCUAAGAUUGAAGAAGGAUAUUAGUGUUAAAUCUGGUGUAAUGUUUCAAUUACAGUUCUUGCACAGUGCAAAACAUCUCUAUCUGGACUGGAGGCAGUUGUGAAAUGAAAUGGAUGCUACUGA